GUUUAUAUUAUUACUUAAUUUCAGAGUGAUAAAUGAUAAUAAAAUAUGGCCUUGCUGAGGAAGUCUUUUACCCAAUGCAUAUCUAACCGCGGUUUGGACAGAGUGUUGUCACAAAUUCGCUUGAAUAGUUCAUACGAAAUAGUAAUUGCCGGCGGAGGUUCCGGUGGAAUAUCAGUUGGUGCAAGGCUAUCAAAUGCACUGGGUAGCGGGAAAGUGGCCAUUAUCGAACCAAGCGAUGACCACUACUAUCAACCAAUUUGGACCCUUGUUGGCGCUGGUGUUAAGCCUAUGUCAUCCAGUCGAAAGGCCAUGAAAGAUGUAAUACCAUCGAAAGCUACAUGGAUAAAAGACAGCGUCGCAAAACUAAAUCCAGAUGAGAAGUCCGUUACUCUUAGUAACGGGGAUACAAUCUCCUACAAAUAUUUGGUUGUUGCAAUGGGAAUUCAAUUACACUUCGAUCGUAUAAAAGGUCUGCCUGAAGCUUUUGAAACCCCGGGCGUUUGUAGCAAUUACUCAGCCGCUACAGUAGGAAAAACACUGAAGGCACUGAAAAAUUUCAAAGAAGGCAAUGCAAUUUUUACCUUCCCAAAUACUCCGAUUAAAUGCGCUGGAGCUCCGCAGAAAAUAAUGUACUUGGCCGACGAAUUUUUCAGGAAGCAGGGAAAUCGAGAUAAAGCACACAUAUAUUUCAAUAGCGCUGGCGCUGCAAUAUUUGCAGUGAAAAAAUAUGCGGAAGCUCUGAACAAAAUUGUUGCUUCAAGGGACAUAACAGCCAACUACGGCCUGAACCUCGUCGAAGUAAAACCAGAUAAGAAACAGGCGAUUUUUGCAAAAAUGAGCAACCCGGAAGAAAAGGAAACGUUCGAUUACGAAAUGCUUCACAUCACACCACCAAUGGCCGCACCCGCGCCGAUUCGAGAUAGUCCUUUGUCAAAUGAGGCUGGUUUUGUGAAUGUAGAUAGCAAAACCUUGCAACACACCAAAUAUCCCGAAGUGUUUGCUCUUGGUGAUUGCAGCAGUCUUCCUACUUCAAAGACCGCUGCGGCAGUUGCAUGUCAAAACAAAAUCUUAGCAACAAAUCUGCUCAGCUACCGUGAAAAUCUACCAAGGUCUGCUACCUAUGACGGAUACACAUCUUGCCCCCUGAUAACCAGUUCCAAAACCUGUAUCAUGGCUGAAUUUGACUACGAUUUGAAUCCAUUAGAAACUUUUCCAGUGAAUCAAGCAAAAGAAAGAAGAACCAUGUAUCAUGUGAAGGCGACUGGUUUGCCCAUAGUGUAUUGGAAUAUGAUGCUGAAAGGACGUUGGGGAGGACCGAAAUUUUAUCGAAAAUUACUUCACUUGGGAAUGUCAAAGUAAUCAUGUCGUGGCCUUUAAAUUGUUGGUGGCUUGCUUUUGUUUCAUUAUGCUUUUACGGUGUCUUCAUACGCCACUGUACCACUUUUUUGUCGUUAGAUUAACAUUUUUAGCUGUCUGAGUAAAUUUUCUAGCUCGAGGCAAAUAUUUUCUGUAAUGUUGUAAUUUGGUAGCCAGUUUAUAAGCAUAUUGAUGUAAUGUUGAUCGACGUCGAAAAGCGAUGAUUAGUCUAAAUAAGACUUUUAUUCAGUCAUCCUAGCCAUUGAGGUUAUGAUUUAUGAGAAGAAUUCCAAUAAAUGUGCACUCUACAUGUUAUGCGUUGUCGCUAACAUAUAAAAUCGUUCAAAAUUAUUAUCAAGGCUCAUUUUAAUAUUGUAUGUGCAAAGUUUAGCGAGCCUUCAUAAAUAAUUCUGACUCGUGAAUAGCUGAGCAUGGUAUUUCAUUAAAUUCAUGUCAUAUGAGGCGUGAAAUCCCAGAAAUAAAGCUAAGUUUGUAUUGGUAAUGACGCACCCCGUCAUUAUGUCAACAAACUGGUCGAGGUGAAUUGUGUUUUCAAUUAUUGCCUACAACUAAGGAAUUAGAUAAAUAACUAUUAUUGCAAUUAUAUGCAUAGCAUCAACAGUAGUUUAUAUUCCAAUUUGCAAUUAUAUGCAAUGUGUUGUAAAUUUUUUGAGUUCAAUAUUUAGCGGCUGAAAUCAAUAUUUGGCACAAAAAACUUGCAUUUUGGCCGAAAUUCUUUAUCUUGGUGCUAAUUUUUCAUGUCGGCAAAGAAAAGUUGAAACUGGCCCUGCGAAUGCCGUAUUGCCUUUACUACGUACAAAAUACCUUUGACAAGCUUUGAAUGUCGACAAAGUUGAUGUAUAUAUUCCGUUCUAGGACUUACUCCUAUUGUCAUUAUAAUCAUGUAUAUAUCUCAGAACCCCAUGAAAGUUUUAAAAUAAAUAUUAAAAUGCUUAUG